UCAAAUUUCUCUUUUGUUUCUUAAUUAGUUAUAAAUGUGAGUAUUCUAAUCUUCUGUAUAGUGAAUCAUAAAGUCAUGAUCAAGAUGAUCAUUCACUUUACGAACUGGUUUGCCUCUUCUAGCAGUUUUCUUCUUAUCCCCAUCUUUUACCUGAUGCUUGACGAUUGACUCUUCGGUGGGUACAACUUUAUUUUCUCUAAGCUCUUGAAUUCUUUGAUGGGGUUGAAUAUUAGGAAUCUGCUCCCACUCUUGCUUGAGUUCUUCUCUAAUAAUAGAAUCAAGGUCAUGAGCUUCUUUCUCAACUUCAUCCUCUACAAUAUUUUUAGGGAACAAAACUUCAGUCUUCUUGUCUCUCUUGACAACCCUUAUAUGACUAAAAGUUUUAAUUGUGUCAAUAUCAGUCUCGAUGCCAUCAUAUCACUCAAAGAGUUCAUCACUAAUGACGAGUCCCUUCUCGUUGGCCAUAAUGUACUCUUCGAAACUUUUAAGAUUUUCUAUUGGAUACUUAUUUCCUCCUCUUAAUGAUCCUUCUUUGAUCGUCAAAAUACAGAUCCUUGCUUUUCUUGAUCUUGUCGCAAAGGAGGUCAAGGACGUACCUACUCUCCACUUGAAUCUCGGAAAGGGCAACUAGACCUUGUUGGCACCCCUAUUCUUAAGCUCUUGUUCGAUGGUGAUCAAGAGGUGGUCUAUCUCUUUCUGAAUUUUAGCUUUCCUAGCUGGAUCCAUUUUCAAUAAUUAUUC